AUGGCACAGAUUACACCUCGCAAAGGGAUAUCAUCGCUCACAGUACCUAAAAUACAAAAUGCGCUAGUUGCAAGCGGCCCUGGGAAAUUAGUUGUAUCAAAAUCUAUCAAAGUCCCGGAUAUUAAGGAGGAUCAGGUGCUAGUGCAAGUUAAAGCAGUCGCAUUGAACCCGUCUGAUUGGAAAAUUCUAGACAGAUCAUACACGUCUGGGGCUAUCGCCGGUGCUGACUUUGCAGGAAUUGUAUGCAAAGUUGGGAAUCGAAUGACCAAAGACCUACAUGUUGGUGAUCGGGUUUGCGGCGCUGUUUUCGGUUCAAACCCUUUGUGCCCGUCAAAUGGAGCAUUUGCAGAAUAUCUUGCAGCGGAAGGGGAUCUUUGCAUGCUAAUUCCAAACUCCAUGCCCUUUGCUAGUGCUGCUUCCCUGGGAAUAGGAACAAUGACCGUUGGUCUGGCACUCCGAUCACUCGGAAUACUCCCAUCCAAUCUUGAGUCACUGGAUUUUCUGUCCCAGAGAAUAACCCACUCAGUAGCAGAUGAACAACCUUUCGCAAUGGUAUACGGCGCGUCAACAGCUACUGGCACACUAGCGGUGCAGUGUCUUAGUCAACUGGGCUACCGCCCAAUUGCUGUAUGCUCUCCUCGGAACUUCGAACUCGUAAAAGGAAGAGGGGCAUUCGCAGUGUUCGAUUAUGCGGAACCGCGGAGUCGGGAAGAUAUUCGGGAGUUGACAAAGGGGGAGUUGAGCAUCGCUUUCGAUUGUAUUACAACUUCGAAGUCGACUACCAUGUGUUACGGAGCCAUCGGGCGUCGCGGAGGUCGCUAUACGGCAUUAGAAUAUAUCCCGGUACGUCUAAACCGCAGAAGGGCAGAUGUGAAGCCGGACUGGAUUUUAGCACUAAGUGUAUUCGGUGAACCGGUGCACCUGGCAGGCGAUUAUUAUCGUGAAGCAGCCAUUGACGAUCAUGACUUUGCGGCAGCUUGGACACAAAAGGUCGAAGAACUACUAGAGCACAAGAAGCUCAUCCCACAUCCCAUGAGAACAUAUCGAACUGGCUUGAAAGGAAUUGUAGCUGGUUUGGAUAGGUUACGCAAAGGAGAAGUAUCAGGUUGUAAAGAAGUGUAUUUAUUGGGUGUUUGA